GCAAAAGGCAACCUCAUUAACAAGCCUCCCCUGCAGGUGUGACUACUCAAUAUAAUCCGCCGCAGGUUGCCUGGUGGGUCUGAAACAGGAUUAGAUCACCUGCUCAUCAAAAAAUACAAAUACUAUGGUGCAGUGAGGGCUUCCCACUGCAGAGUCUCAGUCUCAAUUCAGUGAUGCUGUCGGAAUACACACUCCAAAUGUUGUUUGUAAAACAAGAUGCUGCAUGUGAGAUGAGUUCCUAUGGCUUAAGGCGCCGUAUUAGAGGCCCAAAGAAAUAUGGAGAAACGACAAAGGAAAGGAUUCACAUGCUAGCACCAAGUCAUUUGGAUGUGUUGAGUGAGCAGAAGGAAGUGGAUUGUGCAGAGAGGAAGCUGGACGACCGAUAUAUAAGGAACGCUGCAAUUGUUCCAGAGCUCUACGUGACCUUCCGUGAAAAAGCACAAAGUGACUCAAACAGUGUGUCGGUGCAUCAGCCAGAUCCAGGACCUUCAUUGACAAUCCAUGGCUUUACAGUUGCAGAGUACCAACAGAUGUAUCAUUCGGUGGUGGAUCCGCUGCUGUUGAGUCCUUCCGGGAAGCUGAAAACCUACAGUGUGGAGCUGGGACGCGCUAUUAAGGAGCAUCUGUUUACAGAGCUGGCCUACCCGACAAUUCAAAUUUCUGAGCAGUCAACAGGAAAAGUGGAAGUGCUGGAGAGAUUUUGCUUACUCCGCUCUACACCUCACAUAGAUGUGGACUGUAAUGGACACUUACCGUAAUAAAAUCAUGCAGUCUUUUGUGUGUCCAAUUA